GCCGGUCCGCAGAGCCGCUGCUCGUCCCGUCGCAAGCAUGAGCUCGUACGGCUACGACCCGUUCUUCCCCUCCUACAAGCGGCGCUACGCCGAGAGCCCGCGGCUCCACGUCUCCACGAUGCGCAGCAGCAGCGGCGGCUACAGCUCUGCGCGCUCGGCGUACUCCAGCCUCUCGGCUCCGGUCUCCUCGGUGUCGGUGCGGCGCAGCUACGCCGCCUCCAGCACCUCGGGCUCCCUCCUGCACUCGGUGGACAGCCUCGACCUGAGCCAAGUGGCGGCUAUCAGCAACGACCUCAAGUCCAUCCGCAGCCAGGAGCGGGCUCAGCUGCAGGACCUCAACGACCGCUUCGCCUGCUUCAUCGAGCGGGUGCAUGAGCUGGAGCAGCAGAACAAGGUGCUGGAGGCCGAGCUGCUGGUGCUGCGGCAGAAGCACGCGGAGCCCUCCCGCUUCCGCGCCCUCUACGAGCAGGAGAUCCGCGAACUGCGCCUGGCCGCCGAGGAGGCGACGAGCGAGAAGCAGGCGCUGCAGGGCGAGCGGGAGAGCCUGGAGGAGACGCUGCGGGGGCUGCAGGCUCGCUACGAGGAGGAGGUGCUGAGCCGGGAGGACGCCGAGGCGCGGCUGCUGGAGGUGCGCAAGGGCGCGGACGAGGCGGCGCUGGCCCGGGCCGAGCUGGAGAAGCGGGUGGACAGUCUGCUGGACGAGCUGGCCUUCCUCAAGAAGGUGCAUGAGGAGGAGCUGGCCGAGCUGCAGGCGCAGAUCCAGUACGCGCAUCUCUCGGUGGAGAUGGACGUGUCGGCCAAGCCCGACCUCUCCGCCGCCCUGCGCGACAUCCGCGCCCAGUACGAGAAGCUGGCGGCCCGCAACAUGCAGAACGCCGAGGAGUGGUUCCGCAGCCGCUUCACGGUGCUCAGCGAGAGCGCCGCCAAGAACACCGACGCCGUCCGCGCCGCCAAGGACGAGGUGUCCGAGAGCCGCCGCCUGCUCAAGGCCAAGACGCUGGAGAUCGAAGCCACCCGCGGCAUGAACGAGGCGCUGGAGAAGCAGCUGCAGGAGCUGGAAGAGAAGCAGAGCGCCGACAUCUCCGCCCUGCAGGAUACAAUCAACAAACUGGAGAACGAGCUGAGAACCACCAAGAGCGAGAUGGCUCGGUACUUGAAGGAGUAUCAAGACCUGCUCAAUGUGAAGAUGGCCUUGGACAUCGAAAUUGCAGCCUACAGGAAGCUGCUGGAAGGUGAGGAGACCCGCCUGAGCUUCACCAGCGUUGGCAGCAUCACCAGUGGCUACACCCAGACUGCCCCAACUUUUGGCAGGUCUGCUUACAGUGGUCUCCAGUCCAGCUCCUACCUGAUGACCACUCGCACCUUCCCUACCUACUACUCCAGUCACGUCCAGGAGGAGCAGAUUGAAAUAGAGGAGACAAUUGAGGCUGCUAAAGCAGGAGAAGCCAAGGCAGCCCCUGCAGAAGAAGGUGAGGAGGAAGAGAAAGAGGAAGGCGAGGAAGAAGAGGGAGGUGAAGAGGCUGAAGAAGAGGAGGAAGGUGCUAAGGAAGAAUCUGAAGAAGCCAAAGAGGGUGAGGAAGAGGAAGGAGAAGAAACAACAGCUGAGGAAGGGGAGGAGUCACAGGAAACUGCAGAGGAAACUGGUGAGGAGGAGAAGGAAGAGAAAGAAGCGGCAGGAAAGGAGGAGAGCGAAGUGAAGAAGAAGGCUUGAGCGUGGUGUUUAGGGCAGCAGAGUUGAAACUGUGACUGACUGAGCCAGAAUUGCAGUCUCUCAUAUCCAAUGCAGUGACCACUGAGGUUUAGCAGUUCAUGGUCUCUGCUUCUCUCCAUGCAGAGUCUCAGUUUGCUUGCAGAGCACCCACUUGGCUUGCUCCCCGAGUGCCGCAUGGUCUUACACGUAUGAAUUUUAGGGGUUGUGUCUCUCUUGGGGGGGAUUAGGAACUUGAAAGUGGGGAGGGAGGGGGAGGGAAAACCACCCCAACCCCCUCCUCUCCUUCCAAGUCAUGAUGAAAUGAAAGUUAUCUUUAACAUGCAUUUAACUUCUGGAGGUGUUGGGUGGGUGGAAUGAUGGAGGCUUCAAUAAGUAUGUGCAAUAAAGCUAGUCAAUAAAGAUACAGAAGUGCU